CAGGCAGAAUUCAAUUUUUUUUACCGGGUUCAAUCCAAUCCAUCGGAUCCAAAUCCACACCAACCGGGUAAUCCUACAGCAACUUCCAUUUUCGUACUAUCAUUCACCACAGUUGAUGCAGCCUCCUCAGGUCCUUUCUCUCAAAUUCCAAGUCAAUUCGGAGCUUGAAAGGCCAAAAAUGAAGAGAAAAAAAUAUGGGUUCUUGAUCUUGCUACUUUUUUUUCACUUGCAAAUCCACUUCUCCUCCGGAAAAAAUGCUGGAGUAUGUAUUUCUAAAGGCGGUCGCUUUCCGCCAUAUACAUCGGAAGGGAAACCACCGAAGAAGGUAAGCAAAGGUGCAAAAGAUUUGACCCUCUGCAGGGUGUUUCGGAAAAAGACAUGCUGUGAUGUGGCUCAGACAUAUCCUGCUUUGCUGUCUGUUAGGAGGCUGGCUUCAACAGGAGAAGCCAGCCAGGAGUGCUUGCAAUUAUGGGAAUUGUUGGAAUGUUCAAUUUGUGAUCCCCAAAUUGGUGUUCAGCCUGGACCUCCUCUUAUAUGUGCCUCGUUUUGUGACAGAGUCUAUCAAGCGUGUGCCAAUGCUUACUUCUCUAUGGAUGCAAAUAAACGGGUCAUAGCCCCAUGUGGAGUAAAUGACUUCGUUUGUGGACAAGCAGCUGAAUGGGUCUCCAAUGGCACAGAGCUCUGCCAUGCUGCAGGUUUCGCUGUUAAGUUGACCGAUGAUGCGUAUGUUGGUGCAGAAGAAGCACCUUGCUAUGGUGGUAGAGUAAGUCUUGAUUCUAUUGCUGAUUCAUGGAGGUCUUCGCGAUCUGAGUUUCCCCAGAAAGAUGAGAAUUUAAGGGUCUUGGAAGAUUUCCAGCAGUGGGUGCAGGAAAUGCCGUUCAGUGAAAAAAUAUCUUGGGCAGUAGGAGGGUUAGUUCUUACUGCAGGCCUCUUGUUCAUGAGCAAAAGGAAGAGCCAUGGUCAGCGCCAAAAGCUUGCAGCUAUUCAAAGAGCAGCAAGGAGACUGGAUGGCAAGAUGAGCCAGAAUUCUCCUGAUAGUUUAGUAAACAGGAAAGGAAAUCGAAGAUGAAACGUAGGUGAACAUGAGCUUGAUGAUGUUUUUAAUUUACAGCUCCAGUCUGGAACAAGCUGCCUCGAUAUCUAGCUGGAAGCUAUCAUCAACAGCACGCAAUCUCAAGAUUGACUAGUGUAUAUUUGUCAAGCUCCGAUGAUUGUGGUGGGAAAGAGAAACUAGGGUUACUUGUAUCACGUUGUUUUCCAAGAACAGGUUGUCAAUACAUGAUGGUGCUUUGUAACAGAAGAUUUUCCUCCUAUGAGAUAAAUAAGUCCCUUUCAUAUCCUU